UUUUUAAGCCCGUGUUAUUACUUUUGGUUCGGAGUUGCGCGCGUAAUUACGCACGGCGACUCCAUAUGGCGCACAUGUGCAGGCAGAUCACCGGCAGCGCGGCGAGCUGCGCGGGCUGGGUCGGGGUCAUCGUCGCCACGGCAACCAACGAUUGGGUCCGGACCUGCGACUACACGGUGACCACGUGCCUCCGCAUGGACGAGCUGGGCUCGCGGGGACUUUGGGCAGAGUGCGUCAUCUCCCCGGCGCUGUAUCACUGCGUGGCCCUCAGCCAGAUCCUCACCCUGCCUGCGUACGUCCAGACGUCCCGGGCUCUGAUGGUCUGCGCCUGUCUCCUCGGCCUCCCCUCCAUGCUGCUGGUGCUCAUGUCCAUGCCGUGCGUCCGGCUGCAGAACGACACGUCGGCCAUCAAGCAGCUCCGCGCCCGGGUGGGAGGCGUCCUCUUCGUCCUCAUAGGUGUGUGUGGCACCGUCUCCACCAUCUGGUUCCCCAUCGGCGCCCACCACGAGGAGCACCUGAUGGCGUUCGGCGUGUCUCUGUACGCCGGCUGGGUCGGCUCCGUUCUCUGUCUCCUGGGGGGCUUCGUGAUCUUGUGUUGCCGCGGCAACGACCCCGGGACCCCGAGCAGGGACAACAGCUUCUACUACUCCCGGCAAGGGGGCACGGCCACGCCGCUGGACCCCCCCGCCAACCACGCCAAGAGCGCCCGAGUGUGAACAUCCCCUCAUACCCUGUCUGUG